AGUCACUGAAGGCAGCAUGGGUGCACCUGGUGAGAGUCACAUUGUUGUUGACAGUGAGCAACAUCACAUCCUAAGCUACAAGUGGAUACUAUCUUUUUUCAGUGGUCUGAGUAACAGUUCUAAAACUGCGUGGCUUUCGGUAAUAGUAUCGGUUAAGUGUUUCAUACACAUGAUAGAAGAGACCCCCGAGGCUAUUUCAUUUACGUCGAGCUAACUGCAGUUUUAACAGCUGUUAACGUUCACGUUAUACCCUCCUGGUGGUGGAUUAGACUGAUUGCACAUCUAAUUUAACAUUAACGCUGGAUACUUUUCAAAGCACUGGGUUACAGACAUGCACCCCCCAUCUCGACAGGACUAUAUAUCUAUAAACUUUGCUGGACAAGGAAGUGGAAGUUACAAUAACAGCAAGCAGUGGAGGAGGCAGUCCUGCUGGAGGAAAUGGAAGCAACUGUCCAGGCUGCAGCGGAGCCUUAUCCUCAUCCUCCUGUUUAUUUGUGGAAUUGCUUCCUAUCCUGCUGUUACUGAACAACUCAGAGGACUUACAGAUGGAGACCCAGAGACGGACAGUAACAGCGUCUUCCCUCAUGUGCUGCCUGAGGCUGUCAAACAGGACCAACCACCACUGCCAGAACCAACCUCCCAGAGAAAAUUAUCUAAUAGGAGAGGACCGCCCGUCCUUCAGAAUCGUCUUCAGAAGAAGGAAAACGCUUCAAAUACAGUGGUUGAGGACAAGGCUUCUGACAACAAGAAAGAAGGGGAGGAGGAGGAAGUCAUCAGCAGGCGUGGGCCAGAAGGCCCCAAGGAUGGGGAAAAUAAGGAGGGUUCACCUGCCAACCAAAAAGUCCAAUUAUCAAUCCAGUCAGUAGCUAACUGGCGGGAGGCGGUGCAGGAAGCUUUCAGACAUGCAUGGAAGGGUUAUAAAGACUUUGCUUGGGGGCAUGAUGAGCUCAGGCCUCUUUCCAAGUCCUACAGCGAGUGGUUUGGCCUGGGUUUGACACUUAUCGAUUCCCUGGAUACCAUGUGGAUCCUGGGGCUUAAAGAAGAAUUUGAAGAAGCAAAAACAUGGGUGGCCACAGAGCUUACCUUCAACAAGAAUGUAGAUGUCAACCUAUUUGAAAGCACCAUCCGCAUCCUGGGAGGCCUUCUGAGUACCUACCAUUUGACUGGAGACACCCUGUUCCUAGACAAAGCUAAAGAUAUAGGCUCCAGGCUGAUGCCAGCCUUCAACACCCCGUCCAAGAUCCCCUACUCUGAUGUGAAUAUUGGGAAAGGCACAGCCCACCCCCCUCGUUGGACUUCAGAUAGCACUGUGGCUGAGGUUACAAGCAUCCAGCUGGAGUUUAGAGAGCUCAGCCGCCUCACCCAGGAACCACAGUACCAGGCUGCGGUGGCUGAGGUUAUGAAACAGGUCCACAAACUGAACGGCAAGCUGGAUGGUCUCGUGCCCAUGUUUAUCAACACAAACAAUGGACAGUUCACCCAUCAAGGCAUCUACACGCUGGGAGCCAGAGCAGACAGCUACUAUGAAUACCUGCUGAAGCAGUGGAUACAGGGAGGCAAGAAGGAGAACGAGCUCUUGGAGGACUAUCUGCAGGCAAUAGAGGGUGUGAAGAAUAACCUGUUGCAGAAAUCUUCACCUAAUGGCCUCACCUUUGUUGGAGAGGUUUCACAUGGACAGUUCAGCCCUAAAAUGGACCAUCUAGUGUGUUUUCUGCCGGGCACGCUCGCUCUUGGUGCAUACAAUGGCCUGCCUGCUGAUCACAUGGAUCUGGCCAAACAGCUGAUGGAGACCUGCUACCAGAUGUACAUUCAGAUGGAGACAGGCCUCAGUCCAGAGAUCGUCCACUUCAACAUGCAUCAGGGCAGCACCCGAGACAUCGAAGUAAAGCUUGCAGACAGGCACAACCUCCUACGACCAGAGACGGUGGAGAGUCUCUUCUACCUGUACAGGUUCACCAAGGACCAAAAGUACCGGGAGUGGGGCUGGAAGAUUCUCCAAAACUUUAACAAGUACACCAAGGUUUCCUCCGGUGGCUACACCUCCAUCAAUAACGUGCGUGACCCGGACUACCCAAGCCCCCGAGACAAGAUGGAGAGCUUCUUCCUGGGAGAGACCCUGAAAUAUCUUUACCUCCUCUUCUCAGACGAUCCCAACCUCAUCAGCCUAGACCAGUAUGUCUUCAACACUGAAGCUCAUCCACUGCCUAUAUGGCCCUCAAACUGAAUGACACACACACACACACACACACACACACACACACACACACACACACACACACACACACACACACACACACACACACACACACACACACACACACACACACACACACACACACACACAGGAAUUUGAAUGGUAGAUGUAAAACUGCAUUUAUAAACACAAACAUCUCAGGGUUGGUCUAACACUAAGAUAAUUCCUACGUCUUUUGUCUCUGAAUGUUGUCGAAACAACAACCCUGAACACAGACCACAAAUGGAAAAAAAAAAAACUCCUUUUUACAGAUUAAAUCAAUGGUUUGCUAUAUGCUUCUAUAUGCUAAUUUAUUCUGGAGAAGCAGUGGAAGGUUUCUGCCCUCCUGACCACCCAUCAGCAUUAAAGACCAACCUGAUUGUGACUUGAAUCAAAGGUGUCUUAAGCACGUUACCAGGAUGGGAAGAAGCGUCGGGCUGGACUGAUGCAGGUGUUUGGGAGCUGAUACUGAUAUUUUCAGUUUCAGACUGCUCAUGGGUUAUAUUUUGCUAACCGUUGUGCACAUUCUGUUUUUAACAAAAAUGAUCGUUUUAUGUCAAAGAAAAAAUCCCCAAAACGUUAUGGCUUUAUUUUAACCCUUAUUGAAGUGGAAACAGUUUUUUAAGCCAUUAUGAUACAAAACCUGAAUCUGCUGGGGGCUGAUGUCUUACCGAACAGUGCUGGCUGGUUGCUUUUGUAGCAUAACGUUCCCUGACAGCAGCCACCAGCUGUCUGAACUGAAGCCACUCCCUGCCUACUGCACCUACAACUGUUGCAGCUACACGAGAAGCUCAACUCCUCAUCACACUGUGUGUAAUAUAGUCAUUAAGUGCUCUGGCUAGAACAAUCCUCAGAUGUCCGCCAUCCUUUGCUUGAAAAUGGGAAAUAAAGCCAAACCUCCUGACAGGGCUUGAGCUUGCCCUCGGUCCAUGUAUUUGCUGUCCCAUGCUGUAUUCAUGCCAUACAGGAAAUCUGACUUGAGAAAAUGACUUGCUAUCAUGAUAAAUAGAUUUGGUCCAUAUCGCCUUCUCCUUAUUAAUUCUGCUUUGCUCCUGUCUUUUCUUGUUGCAUUGCUUUAAUUGAAAACUUGGAAAAUAUGUGAUUAAUAAACUCUCACAAUCCUACAGAAAAGUCUGGCAUAUAUGGUCUUUAACCUUCAGAAUGUUCCCGUUUAUUUCCAUGACAUGAAUGCAGCAUCACUCUCUACUCAGUACCGACUUUGGUCCGAUUCCAGUUGUUGCCAAGCAGCAGAUUUAUUUAUGAACUGUGGAGCUUUUGUUUUAUGUUAACUGCAAUGGGUUCUUGACAUCAAUGUUUAAAAAAAAGCUGAGCAGCAACACUUUUCACUGAUGUUCCAUUUCUUUCUUCUUUUGUCAUCCUUGUUAAGGUGAUGUUUGUCUUUCAAGUGAGAGAAAUGGUGAGAUUCGAAAUAUGAAUGUAGCAUACUAUAUUGAUUUGUAGUGUAUAUUGAAAGGUAUAGUUGCAGCUAUGUUAAUACAGUAGCUCUCCUUGUGCAUUGUUGUAGUAGUAGCAGCAGCUUCUGAUAAGCUUGCAGUCAUUCCUGUAAAUAUUACUAGUUCACAUCAUAGCUCUACUUGCAUUUGUUGAUUUCAAGAAAUUUAUGAAUUUGUAUUGAGACCAAACUCCUUUUGUAUAUUCUGUGUAAUUUUUCUUUAGUGUUGUAUGGUUUGGUGUUUCACAUGUGCCUUCAAUGUUGCUUCAUACAACAUUUAAAAGACAACUGUUAACUGGCUCUAAAUGUCCAUUUCUAUACAUUCAAGCUAUUUCUUACAUGUACAUACUUUGCUGGUCUGUUACAGUAUAUGGUCAUUGUGAUCACUGCAGAUAUGACUGUUUUUUACAAUGAAACUAAAUAAAAUAAGGAUUUAUAUUUU